AUGCAGCAGCAGCUGUGGCAGGCAGCAGCAGCAGGAGCAGCAGCAGGAACAGCAGCAACAGGAGCAGCAGCAGCAGCACCACCCCCACCAGAACCUCCAUACAUAUGGCCCGCACCAACAUCAGCUUCUGCACCUGCAGCUGCAUCAGUCCCCCAUAGGGGGCCCCCCAUGGGCCCCCCCAUGGGGGCCCCCAUGGGGGCCCCCAUGGGUACUUCUGUAGGGGCCCUCAUGGGGGCCCCCAUGGGGGCCCCUAUGGGUACAUCUAUGGGAGCAUCUAUGGGGGUGGCCACCAGGGGGGGCCCCCCUGUUGGGGCCCCCAUGGGGGCCCCCAUGGGUUCUACUAUGGGGGCCCCCCUGGGGGCCCCCAUGGGGGCCCCCAUGGGGGGCCCCCUACAUAUGGCCCGCACCAACAUCAGCUUCUGCACCUGCAGCUGCAUCAGUCCCCCAUACCAGGGGGGGCCCCCCUGUUGGGGCCCCCAUGGGGGCCCCCAUGGGUUCUACUAUGGGGGCCCCCCUGCACCUAUGAAUGAACCCCCUAGCAGCCGGCGAGCUGUGAGAAUUAUAAAUUUGAAGCCGCAGCGGGAGCUGAGGGUUUUGCUGCCGGACCCGCAGGAGCAGGAGGAGACAGGAGAAGCAGCAGAAGAGACACAAGUUGUUGCUGUUAAGCUGCUGGGAUCGUCUGCUCCCGGUGGUGCCCGUGGUUUGCGCGUUGUGGGGGGCACAGCAGCAGCAGCAGCAGCAGCAGCAGCAGGAGGCGUUGGGUCCUCCUCUUCUUCUUGCCCCUCCUCACUGGCAUCAGCAGCAGCAGGAGCAGCAGGAGCAGCAGCAGCAGCAGCAGCAGCAGCAGCAGGAACAGCAGAGAUAUUUGGGCUUGAGCUGCUGCCUGACGUGGAGGUUUCUCUCCCUGCUGCUGCUCGUCUCGCUAUCUUUACCUGGGGCGGCUGCAGCUUACAGAUCAGAGGACCCGUACACCAGGAGUACGAGGCUUCUGACCGUCCGAUGUCUUUUCUGCUGAACUUGAAUUCAGUUCUCCACUCCCGCCGACAGGCAGCAGCAGCAACACAAACCCUUGGACCCAGGGGGCGGCUGGACCCCUCUCUUCCUCGAGCUUGA